AUGUCACCGACUUUGAUCCUCGGCGCUGUCGAAGUCGAGUUGGGCGUGGUGAUGGCGUCUCAGUGUGAUAAAAUUUGUAGUCUAGACUUACUGACGAUAGUGGCGCCAAGAGCAGGUGAGAAUCAUGACUUGUGCGCUCUGCGUGGCAUGCGGCCGUCCGCCCUUCCUACUCUCCUUCUGUGCUUUUGCUUCUUUUUCGGUCCCUGUGCAAAGGUGGAGCUGUUCUUCGCACCGAACUCCACAAAGAUGUUCAAUUUCCGUGCCGGAUGUGCUGCUCGUCAUGGAUGUCCUGAGGGCUACACCCGACUCAUGUGCACCGACUUUCUCAACAAUGUGAAGGUUCGUGUGCCUUUUCUCCGGGACAUGUGUUUCCCCUCCCUUCAGACAUGUCGUCUCUGCUGUUUCGAAAGUAACUGCAUUGAUCCGACACCGGGCUCGGAUGUUCGAGUCUCCGUAAUGAAGGAUCUGCUGCUGCAAUCCGGAUUCUAUAACGAGAGUAUCAACAAGUAUUUGGCCCGUGAGAACGAAAUUGCUCAAAAUCGAGGCGUUACAACAACAACAACACGAAAAACAACAACGACGAUGAUGUCAACAACACCAACACCUACCACAACAUCGGAACCCAUGGAACUGUGCAAAUCCACUCCACGCACUACGCCACAAGAGGACUUUGACCCAAAUGAGUGGACCGAUGAGGAUGAGCUCGACUCGACCACAACAGUGAGGGUGGAGGAUGAAGGCGAUUUGGACUCGCCCGACAGAGAGGUGAGAGUGGAUGAGGCUGAGGAGGUUAAGAAGGUAGAGUCCAAAACCGUUGCAGGAGAACGGCCAGACGUGCAAGAGAUGGACAUGAAUGAUCAGACUUACAAUGAGGAACCAAGUACCCGAACGGCUACCGCUGUCCUCUGGAAGGCCUCACGAGAUGCCACCACACGCAGUGAGGUGGGCAUAAAAUCCACCCUCCUGAUCGCGCUUUUGACAGCAGUGGGAGCAAUAAGAGCAGCAUUGUGA